AAGCUGAGUGCAGCCGGGCGGCGACCGGCAGAGGGCGGGCCGGAGGGACCCUGAGUCCCCGGCCUGCGGACCCUCGCCGGGCGCGAGGAGAGCUUCCGACGCGGCGGGACCCCGAAACGCGCCGCCGGGAGCGCAGGUGACGCGCGGGCCGCGGGCGCGCCGGGAGGACGGCGGCGGGGGGAGGGCACGCUCUUUCGGCCCGGACCCGCCCGGAGCGGUGGGGGCCGCGACUGCGCGGUGCACCGACCUACGUACGCCGCGGACCGAGCCUCCUUGGGCCGUGCCUGAGCAGGCCUGCCUGGCGAGCUGGGACAUGUCUGGCCCCCGAGGACAGCUGGUGGGCGAUGGCAGCGGCAGCAGAGGGGUUGGAGCUCAAGACAGCGGCUGUAGAAGAUGCUGCAAGAGAUGCUGCAGAUGCUGCGGAUGCAGGGCGGGGGGCGCCUCCUCUCCCGGCUGGGAACCGGCUGAGCCUGGACCUGCACCCCAGGGGCUGCCACCGCCUGCUGCACCUGUGUGCGCGGCAGGUCCCUCAGCUGCAGGAGGUGGAGUUCCUGCAGCUGAGUGGCCACGAGGACCCUUGGCUGCUGGAGGCCACCCUGGGCCAGCUUCCCAGGAACCUGCCUCGCCUGCGCUCCCUGGUCCUCAAAGGUGGGCAACAUCGGGACGCCCUGGGUGCCUGUCUCCGGGGCUCCCUCACCACGCUGCCCGCCAGCCUGAGUGGCCUGGCCCACCUGGCCCACCUGGACCUGAGCUUCAACAGCCUAGAGACGUUGCCGGCCUGUGUCCCACGGAUGUGUGGCCUGGGCGCCCUUCUGCUGUCUCAUAACUGCCUCUCGGAGCUGCCCAAGGCCCUGGGGGCCCUCCCUGCCCUCACCUUCCUCGCUGUCACCCACAACCGCCUGCAGACGCUGCCCACAGCACUGGGGUCCCUGUCCACCCUGCAGCGCCUUGAUCUCUCUGAGAACCUGCUGGACGCCCUGCCCCCUGAGAUCGGAGGCCUGAGCAGCCUGGCUGAGCUCAACUUGGCCUCCAACCGCCUGCAGAGCCUCCCCGCCUCCUUUGCGGGGCUGCGGUCCCUGCGGCUCCUCGUUCUGCACAGCAACCUCCUUGCUUCGGUGCCCGCUGGCCUGGCCCACCUCCCGCUGCUUGUCCGGCUCGACCUGAGGGACAACCAGCUCCGAGACGUGCCCCCUGAGCUACUAGACGCCCCGUUUGUGCGCCUUCAAGGAAACCCCCUGGGUGGGCCUCCGCCUGACCCCCACAGUCUCCCAGGGACACCUGUGGUCCCAGAAAUGCCCAGACUGUUGCUGACUUCAGAUUUCGACAGCUUCGCCGUGACCCCCCAAGGCUGCUCCGUGACGCUGGCCUGCGGUGUCCGCCUGCAGUUCCCUGCAGGGGCUACUGCUACCCCUGUUACCAUCCGCUACCGACUGUGGCUGCCGGAGCCCCGCCUCGUCCCCCUGGGUCCCCAUGACUCUCUGCUCAGUGGCGUCCUGGAGCUGCAGCCCCACGGGGUGGCCUUCCAGCAGGAGGUGGGCCUGUGGCUGCUUUUUGUGCCCCCACGGGCCCGGCGUUGCCGUGAGGUGGUGGUCAGGACCCUGAGUGACAACAGCUGGAAUGACCUGGAGACCCACCUGGAGAAAGAAGCGCCCAAGCGGCUCUGGGCUCACUGCCAGGUGCCUCACUUCUCCUGGUUCCUCGUGGUUUCACGCCCUGUGUCUGAUACCUGCUUGGUGCCACCAGAGGGGUCAUUGCUGUGCUCCUCAGGACAUCCUGGGGUCAAGGUCACAUUCCCCCCUGGGGCCACCGUGGAGCCUCGUCACGUCUGCAUGCAGGUGGUGCACGUGGGCAGCAGGGAACUGCCGGCCCUGCUGGGGGAGCCCGGGGCGGCCACCAGCCCCCUGCUCUGCCUCUCCCAGAGCGGCCCCACAAGCUUCCUUCGUCCGGUCACCGUGCAGCUGCCCCUGCCUCCUGGCAUCACAGGCCUGAGCCUGGACCGCUCCCGCCUGCGCCUGCUGUACCGGGCCCCCCCCGCGGCCACCUGGGAUGACAUCACAGCACAGGUGGUGCUGGAGCUCACCCACCUGUACGCUCGCUUCCAGGUCACACGCUUCUCUUGGUCAGUGCCCCUCCCUGCGCUUCCUCGGUCCCCUCUCCCCCACUCCUGUCUGCGCCAGCCCCUCACCCCCAGCCUUCCCAGGUACUGGCUUUGGUACACCACCAAGACCUGCGUGGGGGGCCUGGCACGGAAGGCCUGGGAGCGGCUGCGGCUGCACCGCGUCAACCUCAUCGCGCUGCAGAGGCGCCGGGACCCCGAGCAGGUCCUGCUGCAGUGCCUGCCCCGCAACAAGGUGGAUGCCACCCUGCGGCGGCUGCUGGAGCGGUACCGUGGCCCUGAGCCCUCGGACACCGUGGAGAUGUUUGAGGGCGAGAAAUUCUUCGCUGCCUUUGAGAGGGGGAUUGACGUGGAUGCCGACCGUCCAGACUGCGUGGAGGGUAGGGUGUGCUUCGUCUUCUACUCACACCUGAAAAACCUGAAGGAGGUGUACGUGACUACCACCCUGGACCGGCGGGCUCAGGACGUGAGGGGCCAGGUGUCCUUCUACCGGGGAGAGGUACCAGAGGAGGUGCCGGAGGAGGCGGAGGCUGCCCGGCAGAAGAGGGCUGCAGCCACCCUGUGGAUGGCCACGCUGCCCAUCAAGCUGCCGAGACUGCGGGGAUCUGAGGGCCCAGGGCAGGGGGCCGGCCUCUCCCUGGCACCUCUGAACCUGGGCGACGCCGAGACUGGCUUCCUGACACAGAGCAACCUGCUGAACGUGGCCAGGCGCCUGGGCCCUGACUGGCCGACUGUGGCCCUGCACCUGGGCUUGCCCUAUCGCGAGCUGCAGCGAAUCCGGCAUGCAUUCCGGGACGACCUGGAUGGGCAGACUUGCCACAUGCUCUUCUCCUGGGCUGAGCGCCAGGCCGGGCAGCCAGGGGCCGUGGGGCUCCUCGUGCAGGCCCUGGAGCAGAGCGACCGCCGGGACGUGGCCGAAGAGGUACGGGCUGUGCUGGAGCUUGGCUGCCGCAAGUACCAGGAGGGCAUCCAGCGCACAAGCCUGGCCCCCGGGGACCUUGCCGCCCCUGGCCCUUCAGCAUCACAGUCGCCAGAGUCUGCUCAGGCCUAGAACCCACCGACUUUGGGCUGGUCCCUGACAUCCCCUGGCCAAUGGUUAGAGGCUCCCACCUUCAAACCUUCCCGGGUAUGGGGUGGGUGACCCCCGUGAAACAAACAUGCACUGUCCUGGCUGCCAUCUCAGAGCUGUUUAUUUG